CCCCGGCAACGCGUGGAGAGGAGGAGGGAGGAGGGGGGGGGGGGAGGGGCAGGAGUGAGGAUCGAGAAAGGUAGCAAGAACAACAAUGCCAGAGGGCCAUCCGGGCGCAGCUGCACAGGACGGCUACAUCGGGUCUCCGCUCAUGCACCUCGGGCCGGCAAGGUCGCGACAGACAGAUCAGCUCAGCCUCUCUUGUCCAUGCGCUCCGCUCCCUCGCCCCUCCUCCCGAGAACUCUGCCUUUCGAGAAAGCAAAACGAAAAAAACGGCGUCGUUCGUGUCGACGACGCGCUGGCCUGCACUUGUCCCUUUCCGAUCCGAUCGGAUCAAGCACCGCCUACUGUCAUCCCUGUCUUUCUCGCCGGCAAAAUCAAUCGCUCGCUCGCCUGCCUUGGCUGCAUCCGGCGGCCAAGGGUGCCAAUGCUUUUAGCCUCCGCUUCGAGUGCACCCGGCGGGGAAGAGGCGCGUGUACAUUUCCAAGACGCAGGGAGAGGAGGACGGGACGGGGAUGAGAAACAUUAUGAGGACGAGGAGCAGGAUGAGUCGCACAGCGUGCCGCACUGUUUCCCCCCAUGACUCCGCCUCCUCAGAUCGCAGUCACGGAACGCUAAUUCGCUGGCCCCUUCACGUACCAAAGAGACCAGCAACCGAUGUUCGGCUGUCCGCCCACCACGCCCUGCCCCAAUUGUGCACACCACAGGUAUGUAGACUUGCCCGCCUCACUGGAAGACGACGACGCCGGCGGCGCCAGACUCGAAGGCGGCGGCGUCGAUGCGGAGGCUUGGUCCCGACUGCCAGUGCGCACUCAUUAGGUGUCGGACGGUUCGCCUUGCGCAUGGCAGGCGAGGCCGAGCACUGCCGAUCCAACGCGGCGGCGGCGCGCGGCGCGGCUCCCUACUCGAGGUCUCCCGCCACGGAAUUUGCGUCGCCGGUGGAGGCCGUCUCGCCGUCUUCGGUGGAGACGUCGUCGUCGGGCUCUGGAAGGUGGAGCGCCUUGCCUUCGCAGCCGAAUCGGAAUCGCAACGCGGGAGGCGUGGACGAGGCACGGAUGCGGCGGUCGUACAUGGGCUUUUCGUCCACGUCGAGGAACGUGUUCUUGACAAUGAUUGAGCUCCACAGCUCCUCGGGCGAGCAGACUGACAAAGGAGCCAUGUGCUUCUUGUGUAAUGUGGAAUCGAGAUGUUUGUUCACGCGGAGUGAACGCAAUGGUCGCUGUGAGCAAAACGUAAUGAAGGCAAAUUAUUAUCUUGAGCCGGACCGGCUACGUACGGAACUGGAGGACCACGAGUAGGACCAGGCGCAUGAUAGGCUUGC